AUGUCAAAUCCAUUUAUUACAACUCAAGACACAAAUGAAAGUGGAUUUGUUGUAAGUGAUAACUCAUUUGCACAAUCUGGAGAUAUAGACUUUUCAGCAAGACAAAAUGAACAAGUUAAUUUUGCUACACAAACAACAAAUUCACAACCAAACCCAUCAGGAGCUGGUGAUGAAGAAAAACCAAAUACCUCAAAUGAAGAAGAAGAAAUAAAAGAAUAUAAAUGGUAUCAUUUUUAUAAAUCAGAAUUCUAUGCAAGAUGGUUCAAUGUUGAUACUACAGAUGUAUUAAAAAGAAUGUUCUGGGGAUUAAUUCCAUUUUUUGGUAAUUUCUUUAAACAAACUGAAGAUAGUCCUGAUUUAUAUGGACCAUUAUGGAUUCCAUUAACUGUUGUUUUCUUAGCUUUUUUCAGUGGUUCAUUAAGUUCAAUUAUUGAAAAUGCAUAUGAUUAUAAAAAACUUUCUAUUAUUACUGGUACUAUCUUACUUUAUAUCAUUUUUAUUCCAAUUAUUCUCUGGGCUGUUUGUAGAUUUGCCUUUAAAAUUAAGAACUCAUUAGUUUCUUACAUUUGUUUAUUUGGAUAUUCUUAUACUAUUUAUCUUAUCGUAAUUCCAUUAUGUGCUAUUCCAUUUUGGUUUGUUCAAAUUCCAUUAAUUGUUAUUGGAUUUGUUGUUAUGUCCAUUACAAUUCUUAAGAAUAUGUUCCAUUUAUUACAUGAAAAUACCAAAAUUAUUGUAUUAAUCAUUACAUUUGUUGUAUUGAUUAUAAUCAAUUUGGCUGUUGCAGCAAUUUUGAUUUACAGUGUUUGGCCUUAA